AUGGGGCUCUAUCCUGUAACAUUCCAACCUCGAAAGGUGUUGCCCAUUUCUGUGUGCAACGACAACUGCCAACCUGGCUACAGCAGGAAAAAGAAGGAGGGAGAGAAAUUUUGCUGCUAUGAUUGUAUUCCAUGUCCAGAAGGGAUGAUCUCUAAGGAGAAAGAUAUGGAUGCCUGUGCCAAAUGUCCACAAGACCAAUACCCAAAUGAGGACCAAACUCAAUGCAUUGCAAAGGUUCUCACCUUUCUCUCUUAUGAAUCAGAUUUAGGCAUCAUCUUAGCUAUCUUGACUAUUUCAUUCUCUUUCAUAACAAUGUUAAUACUUGGAAUUUUUGUGAAGCACAACGAGACUCCCAUUGUGAAAGCCAACAACCAGACCCUCACCUACAUCCUCCUCAUCUCCCUCCUCCUUUGCUUCCUCUGCUCGUUCCUCUUCAUUGGACAGCCUGGAAAGGUGAUCUGCCUUCUUCGACAAACAGCUUUUGGCAUCAUCUUCUCUGUGGCCCUUUCCUCAGUGCUGGCAAAGACUAUCACUGUGGUUCUGGCAUUCAUGGCUACCAAACCAGGAUCCAGCAUGAGGAAAUGGGUUGGAAAAGGACUGGCAAAUUCUAUUGUUCUUUCCUGCUCUCUUAUUCAAGCUGGCAUUUGUACUCUUUGGUUGAGUACUUUCCCUCCAUUCCCAGAUAUGGACAUGCAUUCAGUGAAUGGGGAAAUCAUACUGGAAUGUAAUGAAGGUUCAGCUAUCAUGUUUUACUGUGUCUUGGGCUAUAUGGGCUUCCUGGCCAUUGUCAGCUUCAUUGUGGCUUUCCUAGCCAGGAAGUUACCUGAUAGUUUCAAUGAAGCCAAAUUCAUCACUUUCAGCAUGUUGAUGUUUUGCAGUGUUUGGGUAUCCUUUGUUCCAACAUACCUGAGCACCAAAGGAAAAUACAUGGUAGCCGUUGAGAUCUUUUCCAUUUUGUCCUCUGGUGCUGGCUUGCUGGGUUGCAUCUUUUCCCCUAAGUGCUACAUUAUUGUACUGAAGCCAGAGCUGAACAACAGGGAACACUUGAUGGGUAGAACAGCAUGCAAGGGGAGGGGAUGUGAGGAGAUCAGCUUGAGCAGACUCUGA